AUGGAUUUGGCCAACCACGGACUUAUUCUCCUACAACAGUUAAAUGCUCAGCGAGAGUUUGGGUUUCUGUGUGACUGCACGGUUGCAAUCGGCGAUGUGUACUUCAAGGCCCACAAAUCAGUUCUUGCUUCCUUCUCCAAUUACUUUAAGAUGUUGUUUGUCCAUCAGACCAGUGAAUGUGUCCGUUUGAAGCCCACUGACAUCCAGCCAGACAUCUUCAGCUACCUCCUACAUCUAAUGUACACCGGGAAGAUGGCUCCACAGCUCAUUGACCCGGUGCGCCUGGAGCAGGGCAUCAAGUUCCUGCAUGCUUACCCCCUCAUCCAGGAAGCCAGCCUGGCCAGCCAAGGAGCCUUCUCUCACCCUGACCAAGUGUUCCCACUAGCUUCCUCCCUCUAUGGCAUCCAGAUUGCAGAUCAUCAGCUGAGACAAGCCACCAAGAUCACCCCAGCCCCUGAAAAGCUUAGUCGAGAGCCACGGCCUGCACCAGCCAGGGUGAGCCAGGAGCAGGUGCCCGAGGCCACCCAGCCUUCACAGUUCACACCGAAUCUGACCCAGGUGAAUCGGACAAAUAUGACUCCCUCGGACCCGCUGCAGACCUCCCUGUCCCCAGACCUUGUUUCCACUCCUGUCCCUCCCUCUGCCCCCGGGGAGGAGACCAAUAUGGAAGCUUCUUCCUCAGAUGAGCAGCCCGCCUCCCUUACCAUUGCUCACGUGAAGCCCAGCAUCAUGAAGAGGAAUGGCAGCUUCCCCAAGUACUACGCGUGUCACCUUUGUGGGCGGCGCUUCACGCUGCGGAGCAGUUUGCGGGAGCAUCUACAGAUCCAUACUGGAGUACCUUUCGCAUCCAACCAGCCAGGAGAGGGCCGUGUCCCUCUGUCCCUCUGCAGUAACGCAGCCGACCUCGGCAAGGACGCCAUGGAAGUGCCCGAGGCCGGUAUGAUCAGCGACAACGAGCUACAGCACGUGUCCGACUCGCCCCUCAUCGAUGGGCAGCAGCAGUCGGAGACACCGCCCCCCUCAGACAUCGCGGACAUCGACAACCUGGAGCAGGCCGACCAGGAGAGGGAAGUCAAGAGGCGGAAGUACGAAUGCACCAUCUGCGGCCGCAAGUUCAUCCAGAAGAGUCACUGGAGGGAGCACAUGUACAUCCACACCGGAAAGCCCUUCAAAUGCAGUACGUGUGACAAGAGCUUUUGCAGGGCUAACCAGGCUGCCCGCCACGUGUGCCUCAACCAGGGCAUCGACACCUACACCAUGGUGGACAAACAGACCCUGGAACUGUGCACCUUCGAGGAGGGCAGUCAGAUGGACAACAUGCUGGUACAGACCAACAAACCCUACAAAUGUAACUUGUGUGACAAGACUUUCUCCACUCCCAGUGAGGUGGUUAAACACUCUUGCCAAAACCAGAACUCAGACGUCUUUGCCCUAGACGAGGGGCGGUCCAUUCUCUUGGGCAGUGGGGACUCAGAAGUGACGGAACCUGACCACCCCAUGUUAGCGUCCAUUAAAAAGGAACAGGAGACAGUAUUACUGGACUAA